AUGGAUGGAAUGGAAUCAGGGUCACCUUUCCAGAUUGCUUUCCAGAAAGGGAUAUUGGAUUCCUUCUCUCCUUUUGCUUUCCUUCCCCUCUGUGUGUAUGUAAGUGUGUCUGCCUCUUCCCCUCCCCCAUCUUCCCCUCAAACCGGUGAUCUGAGCCAUGCUGGUCCAGGGUUGGACAUUUGGGUCACGGACAAGUACCGGGAGGGAACCAGCCAAGUGGGAAGGAGGGAGGGGUACCUUAGGCACCGAGUUUCGCCCACCGAGAGCCCCGAACACACAGGAUCUACGGGGAGAAGAAGGAGGGAGGGGGGGUGUAUGGAAAGCAGAGGAGAGAGGGGGGAAGGACCCAGAAUGGGACAGACAGGACUGGACAACCAUGAAAGCUGGUUGGAAGCAAGCUGGAACCACAUGAGAUCAGGUUCUCAAGCAGCAACAGCAAGCAGCCAGCAGCAACAGCAACAGCCAGCCAGCAGCAGCGUGAUCGUGCGGCAACGAUCAGCCGUUUAUGGGGCAUGGGAUCGUUGUGACAGGUAA